AUCACAUGAUGACCAGUAUUUAUGGUCGUAUGCCUGCCUUUGCUUUCUUCUUUCUACUUCCAUGUACUAUCCACGCACAAGAUCUAUCUCCCCUCCCUCGUCGUCGCCGCCAUCAUCGCCUGGCCCAUGUAUAGAUUCGUCCCCUCCAUCGUCGCCCGGUGUCGUUGACAGUGAGCCUGAGUCGUUCCAUCCAUCACCCCAUCCCUAUGCCGGGAGCAUCAAAGCAACGAAAAGACCCCCGGAAUACGACGCCGAGAAGGGAAAGUACGCGAACAAGAGACCAUUCCCCCAGUCGCCUAAUGACCAGGUCGCUAAGAGAAGGAGGCAGACGUCGCGGAUGGACUUGAAGGAGUUGGACUUUGACGACAUAAUGACCGAUACGGAAGAAUCAAAUGCAGUAUCUGACACCAGUUUUAGUGUUGAUGCGUCCUUUGGACUGGAUUCGCCAGCUGUCCUGGCACAGAAUGAGAAGAUAUGGGAGGAAGCUGUUAACGAGAUCAUCGACUUGGGAUGCGGUCAGGUUGACUUGGUCGGGAGAGGUCUACAGCUUAUCCCGUACACCGCUAUCGAUGGACUGUCCAAAUUCUUUGUUCCGUCCGAUCAACAAGAGCGCGAAUAUGUUUCAGAGUCGCCAACUAGUCCAGUGUUGCAGCAGAAAGUGUUCAAAAGGAACUUUACGGCUCCUGCAACCACAGAUGCGUCCAAAGCACGAUUCGAGACGCGUCUAUCGACGCGUAGUGUUCUGUCGUUGGGCGUACCGCGAGAAGAGAUUCAUUUGCAGUUGCGGAAUAACGCGAUUUCUGUACUGCCUAUAGAUCUCUUCGACCUGCAGAAAUUAACGCUUCUUGGACUCCAACAAAACCGCCUGACAUACAUCCCUCCCGAAAUCGCUCAUCUGGAGAACCUUCGCGAGCUCAACCUUUCGAUGAACAAACUCGAAUAUCUUCCGUCCGAGAUGCUGCGCAUGAAGUUCAAAAAACUAGCGCUCAUAGGCAACCCAUGGAAACAGGCCCCAGAUCAAUCCCCGCGGCCCGUCUCAGAGACGCGACAUCUUCUCCCCCACGUUAUUCCCUUCUCCGAACUGUGCCUUCGCCUUCUGUUCUCACCUCCCUCACCUCCCUGUCCCCAGACUGUACUGGAGAAAUACUAUGAUCUCCCUCUCGCUGAGGACAAAUACAUUCUUCCUGACCGAAAGCUGUGGCCCUCUAUAGGCCCACACCUAAAGAGCGUGCUGAAUGCAUGCGUACCAGGGUCAGUGUACAUCGAUCCAGACCUUCCAUAUGCAACGGGGACAGGUGUCUGCGGAUGCGGAGGUCUCUUUGUGCAGCAUGCAGAGGAGAGGUUUACCUGGGAGAGCAUCGUCGCGGGGUUUGACUUGGGGGAAAGAGCCAAGGUACCGGUGAGAUGGAGGGGCUGUCAAUGGGGGUGUUUGGACCAUUUGGAGGGUCCGAAGGGAGAGGAAGAACCUAUGACAGAGGUUCUGAGUGACGAGGAUGUAGUCAGACCCAUUGAGGUCGGACAGGGCGAACUGGAUUUCUCGGAUGAUGAGACGUAGGGUUCGACGACACAAUUGUAUUAUUUGUAUUACUAGUUCCUCGGAAUAAGCCAUAUUUAUUAUCAUUGUACUAUAAUCACAAACGUUCAC